UGCCGAUGAUGCCGGCGUCGUAUCGAGGUCUGCAGAAGGAUUGGUGAGACUGAUGACCAUCAUCGUUGAGGUGUUCGGGGAGUUCGGGCUAACGGUGUCAGAGAAGAAGACGGAGACGCUCCUGAUGCGCACGAAGGACAAGCCGACUUCAACAUCACAGCCCCCCCCGCCUCCACCGCUGACCAUCGAAGCCGCGGGACAGAAACACGCCCAGACGACCGAGUUCCGGUACCUCGGUGGCCUCGUCAACGAACAUGGCGACCUCACCCGGGAGAUCAACUACAGGAGCAGAGGAGCAGGAGCGUGGGCGUGCCUCAGGCGAUAUGGCCGGGAGCUCUUCGACAGACCGAAAGCGCCAUUCCGACUCAAGAUCCGCCUGCUCCAGGCGGAGGCGAUGGAGACACUGCUGUUCGGCUGCAUGACACAGUCACUACUCAGCGGCCACUGUCAGACGCUGCAGUUGAUACACCACCGACUGCUCCUUCGAUUUAUCGGGUACAAGCGCAAAAAAGACACCUACCGGCAGCUCUCUUACGCCCAGACGCUGAAGAGGGUCGAAUGCCAGAGCGUGUAA